GACGGUGUUGGGCUACUUUUUGCGGGCCGGGGCUGGGUUGGCUGCCAGCUGGGUGAAUGUCGUGAACAGUCGCCGAGUUGGGUUGGCUCCAGCCUCCCGCACGAACGAUAACUGGUUGGAGAUCUCGCUCGGUAGUUUGAGUCGUUGCGGUGGGAUAAGACUGCGAGAGAUGAAAUGAGGAACUAUCAAAUGAGCAAGGCAGGAUGCAAUAAACCGCAGAGGAGAAUGCCAAGUGAAACAAAAGAGACUGGUUCUUCUGAUUCCUCCUCGACUCUCAGCGGACUCAACUAACUAGCAGCUAAACCGGCUAACGUUAGCAGACUUAACGCUGGCUAACCUACUUUACGGAUUGACUGUAUGAGGUGGAUUCCCCUCCGUGUUUACACUUUGAAGCAUCCCCUCUCUCCAGCCCGCUGUCCGUGGAUCUCAUUGACAUUUGCUCCCCAUGGCAGCGGUGGUUAGCUACACUCCACCAUGGUGGGUGAACCUGCUGCACAGACUUCCACAUUUCAACUUAAGGUUCGAGCAAACGAGCAGUGACUUCAGACCAGAAGACUGGACGUAUCAACAGUCAAUCCUGUUACUGGGAGGUGUGGCGCUUGCCUGUCUGGCUCUGGACCUCCUCUUCCUGCUCUUCUAUUCCAUUUGGCUGUGCUGCCGGCGGAAAAAAAACGAGGAGCAGCCCAACGCCGACUGUUGCUGCACAGCUUGGUGUGUCAUUAUUGCAAUGCUUGUCUGUAGCGCUGGUAUUGCCGUCGGUUUCUAUGGGAACGGCGAGACUUGUGAUGGAGUGAAUCGAAUGACGUAUUCUCUCCGCCAUGCUAACCGCACGAUCACUGGAGUGCAGAAGUUGGUCUAUGACAGUACUUCCUCACUGAACCAGACAGUUGAUGACAAUCUGCAACAGCUUGAGGGGCAGUAUGCACAGCAUGCAGACUACCUGUCCAUCAUCCAAAAGCUGCAGGGCCAGCUGGAUGAGCUGGUCAGACAGAUGGUGGAGAUUCCCUUCUGGGAAAACUCCAACAUCUCCCUGGAUGAGUUUGCUGGCAAGAUUGAGCUUUUUGACUGGUACAGGUGGCUGGGCUACAUAACCCUGCUUCUGUUCGAUGUCCUCAUCUGCCUUCUGGUGCUGUUUGGCCUCAUUCGCAACUCCAAAGGAACACUCAUAGCGGUGUGCCUAUUUGGUGUAGUGGCUCUGGUAAUCAGCUGGGUCUCCCUGGGGCUGGAGUUCGCUGUCUCUGCUACCACCAGUGACUUUUGUGCAUCUCCUGAUACGUAUGUCACUGAAGUGACAAAGCAGUAUCAAGUCAUCAAUAAAGAAACCCUUCAGUACUACCUUAGUUGCAGUUUGGAGCAGAGCAAUCCCUUCCAGCAGAGGCUUUCCGGGAGCCACAAAGCAUUAGUGGAAAUGCAGGAUGAUGUGUUUGAACUGCUUCGAUCUGCCACCAGAGAGUAUAUACAAACCAAGGGACGCUUGGAAGAGAUCCAGAGGAUACUGAACACCACAGAGAUCAGCCUACAUCAGCUCACUGCAUUGGUGGACUGUCGCAGCCUGCACAUGGACUACGUCCAGGCCAUGACGGGACUUUGUUAUGAUGGACUUGAGGGUCUCAUCUACCUCGUGCUCUUCUCCUUCGUCACUGCUCUCAUGUUCAGCUCCAUUGUGUGCAGUGUGCCGCACACCUGGAGAGGCAAGCGGAGCGAGGAGGACAGUGAGGACGAGUCUCUGAGCCAUGGAGGGAGGCAGAACCAUGAUAAUUUGUACCGGGUUCACAUGCCGAGCCUGUACAGCUGUGGUAGCAGCUAUGGUAGCGAGACCUCCAUCCCUGCUGCAGCCCACACCGUCAGCAACGCACCCGUCACAGAGUACAUGGCUCAGAAUGCCAACUUCCCUAAUUCUCGCUGUGAAAACACACCACUGAUAGGACGAGAGUCUCCUCCACCUUCGUACACCUCCAGCAUGCGGGCAAAGUACCUCGCCAACAGUCGACCAGAUCCCAACAACACUCCAGCGCAUUAGACCCCGACAGGCUCAUCUGGUCUGCAGCACUGAUGCCACUGAAGUCACUCAGAAAGCCCCUCCAUCAUCUUUUUUUUCCCCCAUAGAUAAUUUUUCUCUCAGUCUCUUGCUUCUUGCUGCCUGACUUGACUUAAUAUAUGAAACCAAAUGUGCUUUCGCUGGCUGGUUGAAGCAGAGCUUUGGGACAUCCAUCAAAUCUCAUCUCAUGAGUUAUGAGUGCAGGAACUUGUCUACAUCUCCUCGGCUUACGUUUACUACUGCACGAAUCAUCAUUGGUGCUGGGAAAUUAACUAUGACAUGAUGGUGUCAGGGCUGACUUUGAAUCUUUCUUUUCCUUUUUUGUCUUUAUGAAUGCACCAUGACACGUACCAGUCACAUCUAACAACUGUGUCAAGGACUCUGGAAAUGCUCAUAGACUAACAUUGAUUACUACUGGUUGUUUUGAUUUGUAAAGUACUGUACCAUACUCAGAGAGGAAUACAUUGCACAUUCAUACAAACUUUUUUUUUAGUUCAUGUAUGUUUUUUGUCUCCUCUAAAGCAUGACAUACAGGAAAAAAGAAAAAACUUUUUUUUUUCUCAGUUCCUCAGCACUGCUUUCUGCUUACUGGCUUAAAAGUACAAGGUAUUGUUAUUUUUAAUGUCUACACGUGACACAUGCACCACACACUUGGAUUUCUCUGGCACUGGCAUGCUGUUGCAUUUUUGUCUUAAACCUGAUUUCUGGAAACCGCUUUCCUGCAGUAUUGCACGUCUUAUAGUCCUUUGAAAGAGAACUUUAUUUUCUUUUUCCUUUCGAGACCCUGUUAUUUCCUGUGGAGUGUGCGUGUUUUAUUUUUUUGUUUGUUUUCAGACUGUGUUGAGCCCCUGUUACACAGCCAGGACUGUGUGAAGCUGUGAUUGUAGCUCAUAAUUUGGAUUGGACAAAGAUGAACUGUGUUGUAGGGAAGCAGCACUUAGUGAGAUGAUUAAUUUUUCUUUUAUAUACUACUGGAAGCAGUAAAAAAGCAGACACUUUUAACUAUCUAUAUAUAUAUAGAGAGAGAGAUGGUGAAGCAGGGGAGUGUGUGAGAUUUCUUUUUUAUAUUCCUUUUUAUUUUCUUUCCCCUUACACACUUCAGGAUAGUAUGCAUUAACCAUGUCCCUGUUAAAUAAAAUCAUGUGCUCCCUUAGCAAAACUGGGACUUGUCCACACACAUCUAUAUCCGAUGAUAGCCUUCCCUGCAAAAUGAAACCGCUUCCUCCUCCCAGUGACUAACUCUCUUAAUCCAAAUGUGUAUAUAAAAAGAAAAUAUGCAUAUCUCAACAGAAAUUUCAGGAGAAGCUUCAUGCAUAGGCAGUGCAGUGUUUCUCAAAUGUGUUUUAGCAUUUAUAAUCAAAAACUGUUACGGGUGAGUGGAUGCUGUGAAGGGAUUGCAACAACUGUGCUCUCUGUACAAUCUGAAAAUUCUUUGCUACGUUUCCUGUUGAAGCAUGACAAACUUUGCAACGUGCAGUGAGAUGUUUGUACUUCUGCUUCCUCAGCUCGCUUCUUAGAUGUGCUUCGUGAUCAGUACAAGAGGUGAUGUUGAGACUGUGCCAACAAGUUAAGCACAACCCUUACUGUUUUGUUUUUUAAUCUCUUUACUUAAAGUCUGUUGAGAAAAUGAGCCUGACUGGUUCGAACCACCUAUAUUCUGUUAAACGUUAUUACACUGAUGCAGUUUUUCUCCUUUAGAUAGUCAUACUCUUUGUUGUUUUGUAAUGCAAUGCUAUUAUACUGGUUAUAAACUAUUACAAAAUGAAGAAAAAAUUGUGAAAUUGGCAUUUUAAUUUCUUUCAUUUCUACAUUUUUAAACAACUUUUUUUCUAUUGGGUUUGCUAGUUUAUUGUUUUUAGUUUAGAUUUGUAGAAGCACCGUGUGUUACUUCAUUAAUGUGAAUAUGGUAAAUAGACUUAAAUUUUUCAUUAAAAUUUUUGUGGAGGAAAAAAAAAUCACUGUAGAUGUAACUUUUUUGUAAACACUGUGGUCGUCUUGAGCUUGAAUGCUGUGUUUCAAAAUUAAAGAAACCUUAAAUGUA